CGGCAAUCCCUGCAGUUGUGAAUAAGAUGUGUGCAGUGAUUUAAGUAUGUGAUAAUGUCAGAAAUGGAAGGAAACGGAACCCAUAGCCAAUAUGAUUCUAGUGUUUUAUUGCGGACAUGUGAGAAAGAAAUAACAGAGCCUAUGGAAGGAAGUAUAAUAGGAGAAAUUCCUUCCUGGAUUCGCGGAAGUCUCCUGAGAAAUGGACCAGGCCUUUUAAAAGUUGGAGAAUAUGAAUAUCAACAUGUUUUCGAUGGAUCGGCUCUUUUACAUAGAUUUGCGAUAUUCGAUGGCCAAGUCACUUACCAAUGUAAGUUCCUAAAUUCGAACACGUAUAAGAAAAACCAGAUUGCGAAUCGUAUUGUAGUCACAGAAUUCGCUACGAGCGCGAUACCGGACCCUUGCCAGACUAUUUUUGACAAAUUCUCAUCAGUAUUUAACCCAGCCGACCACAUGACGGACAAUGCUGUGAUAUCUAUUUAUCCGUUUGGUGACGAAGUUUACGCUCUUACGGAAGUGCCGUUUCUUUACAGAAUUGACCCUGUGACGUUAGAGACGAUGGAUAGACGAAAUCUGAUGCAUUCAGUUGUCAUCACACAUACUGCUCACCCGCAUAUCGCUAAUAACGGGGAUGUAUACAACGUUGGUAUGCAGGUUGUAAAAGGCAGAUUAAAAAAUUUAAUAGUCAAAUUUCCGUAUAAGGAAAAAGGUGACAUGUUUGAGUCAGCACAAAUUAUGGCAACAGUCACCUCUCGAUGGUACAUUCAUCCCUGUUACAUGCAUUCCUUUGGAAUGUCGGAAAAUUACUUUGUUCUGAUCGAGCAACCCCUGGCCGUGUCAAUGUCAAAAUACUUAAAGUGUCACAUGAAUGGAGACGCUUAUGUGUCUGCACUAAACUGGUAUUCCGAAUAUGAGACUCAUAUCGUAACAGUCAGUCGUAUUGACGGAACAGUAAAACGGUAUAGAACACCGACUAUCUUCUUCCUUCACGUGGUUAACUGCUUCGAACGAGAUGGAGAGUUGUUGCUAGACAUGUGUACAUACCAGGAUGCUAAGAUCAUUGAUGCUAUGUUUGUAGAUGCGAUUAAGGCAAGCCACAGCAACCUGGACUAUGCCAAGUGGUGUUCUACGAGGCCAAGGCGAUUUCACAUUCCCUUAAAUGCCCCAGAGAUGACCCUUGUGCAUUCAGAGGUUAUUGCUGAUAUUGGCGUUGAGAUGCCUCGGAUUAACUAUGAGUUAUAUAAUGGCCGGCCGUAUAAUUAUUUUUAUGGAAACAUAUCAGAUGUUUCAAGGGAGGAUGCUGGGGGGGUCGUGAAAGUAAAUAUUAGUACGGGGGAAGUAUUAACAUGGAAAGAAAAGUAUAGCUACCCAAGUGAACCCGUCUUCAUACCUCGACCUGGUGCCGCCGAAGAAGACGACGGAGUGAUCUUAUCCGCCGUCUUAUGGAGUAACGAUGAAAACGCAGUUGAUCUACUUGUCCUGGACGCUCGGACAUUCAAGGAGUUGGGACGGGCGAGAUUCCGAACACCAACACCUGCACCCAAGUGCCUGCAUGGAUGGUUCUUAUCAGACAAUAAAAUCACUACAUAAUAUUAAAUCCUAUAUGCUAAGAAAAGCUUCAGAGUCACCAGGGUGUAAGGUCUGGUUCUCAGAUUUCGCCGCGUGUUUCCUGAUUCCUCCUAAUCGGCAAGAAGGUGACUAGCCUUCUGUGUUUGAGAAAUGCCGGUUUCCUCACGAUUUUUGCUUUUACAGUAGGAAUAGAAGUAGUGAUAACGGCACAGCCAGGGUUCGAAACUACUAUCUAAGAAAUGAGACUCGCACGCUGACACCAAUAGGCCAACAUUACUUAAUUGUGUAUGAGAAAAUAAUAAAAAAAUAUGUACCACAAAUCUGAAGAAGUGCAUGUAAAAUCUUUUAAUAACAGCCUGAAAUUUGUUUAGUUUGAAAGUUAUAAGUUUAUAAAUGUUUUUUUCUUAUUCCCAGUAAAUUUAAUACAAUGU